AUGGAAUUCCUAUCGCAGAGUCGUAUCAGGCAGAAUGACAAUUAUGUUACCGUCAGCAUUUUUAUCAAGAACACCAAGGAAGAUGCAGCCAGCAUCAACUUUGGCAAACAAUCUCUUUCAGUUUCGGUAAAACUCCCAGCAUCGGAAUAUUCUCUUGAAUUAGAUCCACUUGCGCAUGAAAUCAUACCAAGCGAGAGCAGAUAUGAACUGUUAUCGACAAAGAUAGAAAUUAAGUUGAAGAAGGCGAGCGUUGGAUUGAAGUGGGGCGUAUUGGAAGGCGAGGAUAAAUUGGCCGUGUCUAUGGAAACUUCUGGUGGCAAGCUGUCAUAUCCAUCAUCAGCCCGAAAAGCCAAGAAUUGGGAUGCAUUGGAAAAGGAAAUUGCUGAAGAUAAAGAUGCCCCAGAAGGGGAUGCAGCUCUCAAUGCUCUUUUCCAACAACUGUAUCGCGAUGCUGACGACGAUUCCAGACGUGCAAUGAUGAAAAGUUAUGUUGAAAGCAAUGGGACGUGUUUGAGCACUAAUUGGGAGGAAGUCAAGAAGGAUAAGGUUGAAACCAAACCACCUGAUGGAAUGGUAGCGAAAAAG